GUUGUUUGAAUUCAGUGAUUUCUAUCGGAGCCAGAUAAACUGGAGUACAGCACCAGCAGCAGCAGCAGUAGUGUGUUUGUGUGUGUAUAUCUGUAUGUGUGUGAGUGUCACAGGAUCAAAUAUUUCCUCCUCAAGUCUCACAUUUUUGGGUCAAAAUGCAUCCGGUCAGAGUGUCGAUCCCGUCGUUUCGUUCAGAAAACAACUCGAUGGAGAAAGGAUACACGGUGAGCAGCUUCAGUAAUAAUAACCUCUGUCUGUCUGCAUGUCUCUGUGUGUGUGUGUCUGUCUGUGUGUGUGUGUCUGUCUGCUGCUUCUGUCGACAGUUUUAGCUCAGGUCUUAUUUCUGUACUCUUGAAAUAACUUCAGACUGCUGAAUGUCGAGGCUUGUUUACUGUAAAUGUCGCUGAGGUUAGUGUCUUUCUGGUCAGAGCAGUCUCAUUCAGCCCUAAUAAGCUCCCUUUGACUUUUCAAUAACAACUAUGUCAGUGUGUGAAUGAAUAAAACCAGUCACAUUGUGAGAACAGAGAAAACUUAAGAUCUGUAUUUAAAAAAAAUGUUUUGUUUUAAUCAUUACGACAUGUAUUAAGAACUACAGGGUUUGUUUUUCAACCCACGCACAACAGAUGAGACAUGAAUCCCAGCUGACUGAUACAAACAGAUGAGACUCAGUCAAGUUUUCUCUAUGAAUAUGUAGAGAAACUCAUACUAAAUUUGAAGUUAUUUUAAUGUAAAUGUGUAUAUUACCUAUUAAACAGGGCAUUGAUCAUAGAACUGUUUACAGCUCAUGCACACAGAUAUAGUUCACUGUAUAGUCUGGGUCAACCUGAAAGGGGAAAACUGGAGCUACAAUUUCCUUCUGAAUUCAAGAUUUCAAGAUUUGUGUGUAUUUGUCCUGUUAAUGUUAGACAAGGUCAACAGUGAAAUGAAAUGCCCUGGAUGGGAGGACCGCUCGACUCAAAGGGGUACAGAUAAAACACACAAUAGCACUGAAGGAAUACGAUAAAAUAAAAUCAAUGUCCGAACCCUAAUGUGUCUAUAUCUACCAUGUUCGCACAGAUUUUCUUGCCCCCUCUGUCUUGAAUUAGAAAUUUUAAACAUACAGAUGUAAAAGUUGUCAUCACUCAAUCUAACUCUUAGCAAGAAAAUCUACAGAAAUGUUGAACUAUUCCUUUUCACUCUUACAUUUCCUUUUAUAAGCGGAGUCAGCAGUUUGUAGUGCAUGGAAGUGACACAAGAAAACUGAACUUGUAUAAUGAGGCCGACAUAGAUGCUGUAUUUAAUGCCUUAUUCACUGUAAAAGAUUAAAAAUAUGUUUUUUUUUUUUUAAGAAAGUCUGUAUUUUUUCAUAAUUUCUUCGUCUUCUCAUUUUGGACAGAAUUUCUUGGUUUUUAUUUGUCUCAAACAUAAAACAUGCAUUAAAAACAAACAGGACGUGUAAUGGAAAAUUAAUGAAUUUCUUUAAACUGAAUACUUUUCUGUCUGUCUUUGGACAUGCAGUCUGUGUUUAUGUCACCGGAGUUGCAUAAAAAUGCUGCUGUCAUUAAAGAGAACAUUUUCAAGUUGUACACAAUACUGAUAAAGAUGACAGCACGUGUUGCUUAUUGGUGUCUCUUACAGAAGAAUUCAGCUGAGUGAGGGAAGUAAACGUCUUUUGGAAGACAUAUCAGUUUUGCUGAGUAGUGCCAACAGAUGUUUCCCCCUGGAAACUUGCUGACAUGGACUAAAACUGUCGGCUUCACAGGAAGGGGACAUAUGUGGUGACAGGACUCUAACGCUGGAGCAUAAAUUCUCAGUUUUUCCUCUUUUGUUUUUCCUCUGUUGCAGGUCUUUAAGAUUGAUGUGCUGAUGAACGGCAGACAACACAGUGUUGAGAAACGCUACAGUGAAUUCCACGCUUUGCAUAAAAUGGUGAGACUGAGUGCUUCCUCAAAAUUUAUGUAAAUACAAAGUUCUCUUUUUUUAUGCCAUGAUAGAUAAGGUCAUGUUUACAAUUAAAGGGGUUAAAGGAGACUGUAUGUUAGGGCUGGGUGAUAUGGGAAAAGUUUAUCACGAUAUAUCUUUUUCAUAUCAGUCAAUAUCGAUACAUAUCACUAUAUAAAAAAUGAAAUUUAAGAGUGCUUAUAGGGAUCAUGUCUUUUGCGAUACAAUAAGCUUCUGCAUCUGUGAGGUCUUUGUAUCUCUUAGAUGUUUCGUCAUAAGGCGUUGCGCUAGAGAAAGCGGACCGAUUGGUUGGCUGUUUCGGCUGCACGGGCGCCAUGAGCUCCUUGCUCCGCUCGGGGUUUGUAACCUUUUGCAUUGCACAGGCUCCGCCGCGUGGCGCUGCUUCAGUGAUUUGAGGUAUUCCCCGACUUUGCGAGAACAUGUACUUGACAUAAUUUGCAGUGCACACUACUCUGCUUCAUGUCCAACCUCAAAAUAAAACAAAAUACCUCCACACCACCGAUAUUUUCAUGCCAGUGUUGUCAACGAUGUCAUCACCUGUUGAGCCUUCAUCUGCAUUUCUGCCGGGGGUAACGCUCAUUUUCUUUUUUUCUCACUGACAGUGCUGUCGGCUUCACGUGUUAAAGCGCUAUAGUUGCGUGUAGCUGCAGCCUGUGACGACGCAGCUGUUUGCUACUUGGUUCUAAUUCAGUGCAUGAUUGGUUCAGCGACCCGGAGCAACUCCCCUUUUCAUUGGCUGUUCGUAACAUGGCAGUAUGCUGACAAUUGAUAAAGAUAUAGACCAUGUUUUAUAUUAAUAUUUAGAAAAAUUAAUUUUUCGAUAUGUAGCGUUACCGUUUUAUCGCCCAGCCCUACUGUAUGUAUUUUCCAAUGAAGCAAAUCCAUGAUCUUUUUUCCUCUGGACUUCGACUGCAUUAGGAUAUAAUCACAUAAGAGCUUGUAGUCCAAAUCAAACUAUUAAUUCAUUUUCUAAUAUAAGCUCAUCACCAAAGGUGUCACUGGUAUGGACAGUUUUUUGUCAAAUAAGGUCAUUAGAGGUGGACUUUUGAUGGACCUCCACCUAAAAAUUACGAGAUUUUAUUAACUGAGCAAUUAAUUUCUUACCAAGAGAAAAAAACAACAACAUGUAUUUAAUAAUAAUUGAAGGCAGCGGUUCUAUCCUCUUAACCAAAUACAACUCUCUGUUGCCCGCUUGUGCAUUACAGACACAACACAUACAGUACAGUCCAACACAAUACAUUUUUAAUGAGCUCCUUGGUGGUUAACCACACUGACCAUACUUGUUUGAUUGAGGUUGAGGUUUCACACUGCAGUUCCUCUUGUUGUUGUUCUGAAAGAUGAUCUGAAUUCACUCUGAUUUCAGUUCAUGUUGGGAGUAAACAGUAAAAUGAACGACGGCUGAAGUACAAUUAGCUGUGUCAUCCUGGUACCGCUCAUGCCACCGCUCUGUCAGAGUGUCUUAUCAGGACACUUCUGAAUAGAAUGGAGCCAUUAUUAUCAUCAAACAGCUGACUAGACUCUUUAGUCAAACCCGGUUACUUUUUCUCUUGUUGAUUUCAAUCAUGCAUUCGGAAUAACAAGCUGAGAUCUGUUCGUCCUGAACGCCUCCUCUCCUUCGUAUCAGUCCAAGCAAGAAAGAGACGCCUGUCUGUCAGCGUCCGUCCUAUCCCUGCAUGCCCUCAUGUGUGGGUGUGGGGAAGUAAGGAUGCUUGGUGGGGACAAAACUAUGGCGUUCAGUGGAUAUUAGCGAAGGUGUUGAAGAAAAGAAGAAGCAUUGCAUUUUACGGUACAGAGAGGGUCCCUGUCAUGACAGGCUGCUUCAGAAUCACAGGGAAAUAACGUCCGUGCUCUCAGCUGCACAAAUCGUCGUGUCUACUGUGAUUAUGGUGGACGUUCUGGGUGGUUGUAGAUUUUUAUGCAUCCCAGCUGUGUGCCAUGGGGGACAGUUUAAGUCUAGACCAAAAUACCCAGUAAUGUGGGAUAACUUUGUACAGACAUUCAUGGUGCCUUGGAGCUGCAAUCACAGAUAUAAACUCUUGUUUUUUCUUCCUGUUUGAUCUGUUAGAUACAUUUUUAUGUCUUAAUGAUGUUUUUCAAUCCCCUCUAGCUAAAGAAGAGCAUAAAGCCACCUGAGAUCCCCUCAAAACACGUUAGAAACUGGGUUCCCAAAGUUCUGGAGCAGAGGAGGCAGGGUCUGGAGCUCUACCUACAGGUACUCUGACAGAUCGCACUUUAAUCCACCUGAUGGGACUGAUUUUCCACCAUGCACACAAACUCAGUACAGAUGUAAAAGGACUAAAGACACUCAAAAGUUUCCACAAGAGAAAAAAGUCACGGAGGUCACUUGCGUUGUGUGCAGCUGCGUCUUGUGCACGUUGUAAUUUGCUUUUGUUUUGUCUGUUUUUUCUUUUUUUUUCCAGACUAUAAUUAUGGAAAAUGGGGUUCUUCCAAAGAUAUUCCUGGAUUUCCUUAACAUUCGCCAUUUCCCCUCGGUGCCAAAAACGGAAAGCUGCGGGUGAGUCGGAAACCACACUGUUUCCAUAAGAUAGAAUCAAAUAGAAAUGUGUUUUUCUGCAGGAAAUGCAGGACCUGUUAACCCCAGACCGCUGGCUUAAUCUAGAUUUUUCCUCUUUCAGGUCUUUCGACACUGAAUCAGAGGAAUCUAGGUGAGACAUUCCUGUAAUUUUUCAGCAGCUAUUUGAAUCUGUUACAUACGAACAGCACUUCAUCACCAUUUGUUCUGCAUGUUAGUGGGAUCAACUACACUUCUCCAUCCUGUUAAUUCAUUUAUAGCGUACAGUCACCCACACGCGCUCUGACUUCUUCUUUUUUGAACUGUUUUCAGUAAACUUUCACAUCAGCCAGUUCUGCUGUUUCUGAGAGACCCUUUCCUGUUGCCAUCUGCACAUGGUGAGUUCAGGUUACUUCAUUUUAAAAUCAUAAUAUCUCUCCUCGUCCUCUAUUCAGUCGUUUUAAAAUGGUAAAUCUACAUCAUGGUACAUUACUCUGCAAACAGUAAGCUAAACCUCUUUUUUAUAUAACUUUCUUACUUUUUUAAAGUUUCUCUCUUGUUCACUUUCAGACACGUUUGCGAAUGUUGUGAUUGAGGGUGUGGUGCACGGAGUUUUCUACCCAGAUCUUCAGCCAAGGUAGAGCUGCAGAGACGACUCUGAAGGCAUCCCACUACAAACGGAUGCUUCAUAUUUCUGCACCAUUUUUAGGUGUUCAUCAGCAAGGGCGUAACAUGUUACAGUAAAACUCUGAACCCCGUUAGUGUAGUCAAAAAUGGCAUUCAUGCGUCGUAAAUCUAAAGGGAUGAAAAACUUGAACUUAACCUUUAAUGCUCUUCUUUUGAAAAUAAAUGUGAGACACUCGUUUAAAAAGGUAAUGAGCCUUUUAAGUCCCGCAAAGAUGAUCAUUUUUGUCAUGUGUGCGUUAUUUACUCUGGUUUGUACACAAUUUUUUAUUUUUUAUUUUUUUUUAAUUUAACAACAGAACAGAGUGACGACAACAACAGAAACAACAACAAAAAGAUUAAAAAUUAAAAAUUUACAAAAAUACUUUUGUGAGGGAGGGGAGGGGGAAAGAAUUUAUAUAAUAUGUAAUAGAGAAUUUAAAAAGAAAGGAAAAAAAAUCUUAAUUGGAUUACAUUGGAAUAUCUAUAUAAUAAUAAUAAUAAUAAUAAUAAUAAUGCACACAUGAUAUGAACUCGUGGGACUUAAAAGGCUCUGAAAAGAUAUUUUAAAUAAACGGUAUCAUCAGCACUGACAUGUAACUUCAAACUAAAACACCAAGCUCAAACUUUGUAAUAUUUUAAUGUUAUUUACUACAUUUAAAAAAAUAGCAAAAAUGAGUGAAUAUCUGGAGAGUGAAGUAAGUGGCGGAUCAAUGUAGAGAAGAGUUCUGACAGUCCUCUUAAGUCUCUGUUUGGCCAGUGGGAUAGCAGCUGUUGAAAAACCAAAAAGGAAACGCUGAUGACAGCUGGACUGAAGGAUUGUUUGCAGAAAAACAAAGAGGGUGCUGGUUAGUAGAGCGUAGAGCUGGAUUACGGCCCCUCCCUGUGUCCCACUGUGGUUGUCGAGUUUGCUCUAGGUUGCGGUGAGGGAGAGUUUCAAAGGUUUUCUUUCCGGAGGAGUCGACAGCUUUAAUCCAAAUGUAAAAAUGAUUGAGCUUUGGUCGUAGCUCCAAGCAGUGUUGUGAUGUGGACCUACUUUGGUAUUUAGAUGUUUGUGAAGGAGUGCUCGCUGUGGUUGAGACAGCUCUGUGGGGCUACAGCGAGGUCAGGUGAUCAGCAUGAGGCAGUUUGAAACAAAAGCCAGGAGGAAAGAAACACAGCACAACUUAAAAGUGACGGUAGAUAUAUUGGCGGAGGAGCGUAAUGUAAUCAAUUUAAGAGGGCAGAGUAAUUCAAAGUUUAGCAUUAGCACUCUUUAGCGCUGCCUUUACACUAUCAAACUCACAGUAGUUACUGAAUUAUAUCACUUUAAUGAAGGCAACUAUUAACUUUUUUCUUUUGCUGGAACCUACGUUACCCAAAAUGCAACAGUUUGGUGAGCUUACGGUGGCGGCUAAUGUAACCUUUAGCUGCGAGGCUGAUGAGGAUGAUGAUGAUGAUGAUGGUGAGCAUGCAACUAAUUUUGUUUCACUUCAUACCAGCAGAUCAUUUCAUUGACGUUGUCAGCCCAAACCAACCCUGACUCACUCCUGACAUGACUUGAAAGCAGAUGAUUGAAUUGAGCUACAAAAGGCUUUCGCACCAGUUAUCUUUCUUUUUUUUUAGGACCUUAAACCUGACUUUGAUGUUUGAAAUCUUGAGUUCACAUUAAGACAGGCUUAGGGAUGAAUUCAGAGCUCUUUUAUGUGGCGGACAAUGAAAUAGAUCAAAACGAUCAUAAAAAAAAAAAGAAAAAGCAGAAGUCCUGAUUUGGAGGAAAUGACUCUGUAAAGGCCAGCGUUUAACACUAACACCAGUAAUGCUUUAUUUAACCUUCAUCUACAUAUUCUGCAGAGCGUCAGUGAAUCAUUCAGUCGAGGAAUAGUCACUCAGCACCAAAAGGGAUUUUGUUGAGAGAUGAGAGAUGGUGAUUCUAAGGACUUCAAACCAGUAAAACUGUGCAAUAUCCAUUUAAAGAAAGCAGACUGUCGUUAAAUUGUUCUUUGUGAAUGAACUCUGCUACAGUGCUAACUCAUCCCCUGUUGGAGGACUUGUUGCUUUUGUGAAACAUCAUGUUACAUAUCAGUUAUUUAUAUAUAACACUUACAGAUGACCGGCCCUCCACUACAGCUACAGCACAGAGACUGUCUGCUACAUAUUUAUACUGAACUAAAUGUAUCCUGAUGAAUUAACCUCAACUAAGCAGAUCAUGAUUCUGUAUUUUAACAGUAAAUCAUUUCAUCGAGAUCCAUCAUGUAGAUUUUUAUGUAUUAUUUGUAUGUAUUGUUAAAUAUUGCACUGUUUAAAUGUGUCUCUAUGUGCCAUAGUGUGAAUCUACAGUGAACACUGAAACUGUAGCACUUUAAGAGGAGCGACAUGUAAAAUACUGACACCAAUAAAAUUCAUUAUUUCCACACAUCUGAGAGCUCAAGUUUAUUUUUAAUUAAAAAAAAAAAUGGAAUGAAUUGAAAGACGAUCUCUUUGUUAUAAAAGGAAUAAAAAAAAUGCAUCGAUUUAUACAAGCGAAAGUUUGCUUCGUCUGGCUUUCUCACAUUAGAGGGUUUGCAUGAAAGAUCAGAGAAAAACUCCACACAUCCUACUGUGUAUUUAUAAAAUCCGAGCACAGGGGAUAAAUAGCAGCUGCAGGUUAUUUGCCAACCUGAUCGAGUACAUGUCACUCUAAUUUCUGAAUUCAGUAACAGGCUUGUUUGUUGUUUUCAUUCAAGACAAAAUGGAAUAUUCAAGUCCCGCGUAAGUGUUAUCAAAUUGUACCUGCACAUCAAAAGCAGAGCUAAUCUGUCACACAGCAUUUUUAAAUUGAAGAUCAAUGUCUUCAUAUUUGUUUUAGGUCAAACCACCCGGCCUGUAAUUGCACUGUAAAAUGUUUCCAGGUGAAAUUAAGCAAGAAACGUCAUCUUGCUCAGCAAAGCAGUGCACUUCUGUGAACAUACAGUAUCGAUGUGGUGCUGCUGAAGCUAACAGAAACAUGUCCUCUGCAUAAAUUCAGAUUCAUGAACAAAAGCUUAAAAAAAUACUGGCUUCCAAAAUUGCUCUGAAGCAUAGAAAAUUAAAAAAGUCCUUUGAUAACCGCAGGGUCGUCCCAGUAACAGUCCAGUAGUAACGACACACACGUGAGUAUGUAAUCCAGCACCUGCAGGUGAUUCAAAAGAAGUAUGUCUGCUUCCAGCGGCGUCUUUAAAGUUCCCCAUGACCAACUUCAUCUUUCAGCCGUUCGUCCUGGCUGCCAUCUGCCUGAGGCGCUUUCAUGUUGGCGAACUCAACCUCUCUGGUCAGCUGUUCAAGAGGAGGGAGACCCACCGCCAGGUUUCUCAUAGCGAUGGCU